AUGAGGUUAUCAGGGUCUUUCUACAGAGCUUUAGCCUUUAGGGCACCAGGUGAGGCACAGAAGAUUGAUCGAAUUAUGGAGAUGUUUGCCGAACGUUACUGCAAAUGUAAUCCAAAAGUUUUUAGUAGUGCUGACACAGCCUAUGCCCUUGCUUACUCUGUGAUAAUGCUCAAUACUGAUGCUCAUAAUCCCAUGGUGAAGAAUAAGAUGUCACCUGAUGACUUUAUAAGAAACAAUCUUGGCAUUGAUGAUGGAAAAGAUCUACCUGAGGAGUACUUGAGGUCAGUUUAUUAUGCUGCAACAGAUGUGGUGAUUUCUAGAUUCAUGAUUGAGGUAUACUGGGCUCCUAUGUUGGCUGCCUUCAGUGUGCCUCUUGACCAAAGUGACGAUGAAGUAGUGAUAGCUCUGUGUCUUGAAGGUAUCCACUGUGCUAUCCAUGUUAUUGCUGUGAUGUCCAUGAAGACUCAUAGAGAUGCUUUUGUGACUUCAUUAGCUAAGUUUACUUCGCUCCACUCUCCUGCUGAUAUCAAGCAGAAAAAUAUUGAUGCCAUCAAGAAUGACUCUGAAAAGGCCGAACAAACUAAGUCAACCAUCCUCCCUGUACUGAAAAAGAAGGGACCUGGGAGGAUGCAGUAA